AUGACAAAUAAUAAUCAAAUUGAAAUUGAUCUUAAUCAACUUCGAGAUCCAUCAGGAAUAUUUGAAUUAAUUGAAGUUGUUGGAAAUGGAACAUAUGGACAAGUUUACAAGGGUCGUCAUACAAAAACAGGACAAUUAGCUGCUAUUAAAGUUAUGGAUGUUACACAAGAUGAAGAAGAAGAAAUCAAAUUAGAAGUUAAUGUUUUAAAAAAAUAUUCAAAUCAUCGAAAUAUAGCUAUGUAUUAUGGAGCAUUUAUUAAUAAAUCAAUUCCAGGAAGAAAUGAACAUGAUCAAUUAUGGUUGGUUAUGGAAUAUUGUGGUGCUGGAUCAAUAACUGAUUUAGUUAAAUCAACAAAAGGAAAUACGUUAAAAGAAGAAUGGAUAUCUUAUAUUAGUAAAGAAAUUUUAAAUGGUUUAAGUCAUCUUCAUUUAAAUAAAAUAAUUCAUAGAGAUAUUAAAGGACAAAAUGUUUUAUUAACUGAAAAUGCUGAAGUAAAAUUAGUUGAUUUUGGUGUAUCAGCACAACUUGAUCGAACAAUUGGAAGAAGAAAUACUUUUAUUGGAACACCUUAUUGGAUGGCACCUGAAGUUAUUGCUUGUGAUGAAAAUCCUCAAGCAACAUAUGAUAAUAGAAGUGAUAUAUGGUCAUUAGGAAUAACAGCUAUUGAAAUGGCUGAAGGACAACCACCUUUAUGUGAAAUGCAUCCAAUGCGAGCACUUUUUUUAAUUCCAAGAAAUGUUGCACCACGUUUAAAAUCUAAAUGGUCAAAAAAAUUUCAUAAUUUUGUUGAAUCAUGUUUAAUAAAAGAUUAUUUAAUUCGUUCAAAUUGUGAUCAAUUAUUAAAACAUUCAUUUAUUCGAGAUUGUCAAGAAAAACAAAUUAAACUUCAAAUAAAAGAAUAUUUAGAUAAAACAAGAAAAUUUCGUCGAUCAUCAAAUCAUUCUCAUCAAUUGAUUAAAGAUGAUCUUCAACAACAUCAACCACAACAACAACAACAACAACAACCAGCACCCCCACUCCAACAACAAAUAUCGAAAAAAUCAGAUGAUGAAGAUGAUGAUAAUGAUGAUGAUGAUGAUGACGAUGAUGAUGAUAAUAAUUUAAGAAAUAAUUUAAAUAAUAUUGAAGAUAAUGAAAAUGAAUUGUUAAAUCAACAUUUAACACAAAAAGAAAAUAAUUUAAAUACAUUAAGACAAAAUUUUAAAUCUGUUCAACAUACAGAUCGAAAUGAUAAUUUAGACGAAUAUAUUCCUCGUUCAACAUUUCCAUCUAAUCCUGGUCCACCCAUUGCACUUCCAAGAAAAGCAGAUGAUUUAGUUGCUGUUGUUGAAAAAUUAAAUGAAUUAGCUCGAAAUGAUUCGGAUUUCGAUGAUGAAACAGAUAUUGAUGAUUCAUUAAAAGAAAUCAAUUGUACACAAGAUGAAUUUAUUAAUAUUAAUUCACAACAAAAAAGAACUUUACCUGAUCUUUUAUCAAAUCAAUCCAUUCAUUUACUUGAUCAAACACAAUCACAUGAAUAUCGACAAGCUGUUGGAAAUGCUCCACAACGAACAACAUCUAUCAUAGCUUCACCAAUUCAACAUAAUAUGUCAAGAGAAUCUGUUAUUAAUAAAAGAUCUUCUCAAAUUGAUGUUAAUGUCUCUCCAAAUUUAGAUGAAAAUGAUCAAUUAAAAUUAAAUGCACCAGAAAUACGAAAAUAUAAAAAACGAUUUAAUUGUCAUAUUUUAUGUGCUGCUUUAUGGGGUGUUAAUUUAUUAAUUGGAACAGAAAAUGGUUUAAUGUUAUUAGAUCGAAGUGGAGAAGGAAAAGUUUAUUCAUUAAUAAAAGGACGAAGAUUUGAACAAUUAAAUGUUUUAGAAUCUCAAAAUAUUUUAUUAACAAUAAGUGGAAAAAAAAAUAAAAUUCGUCUUUAUUAUUUAUCAUUUUUAAAAAAUAAAAUUGUUAAAACACAAACAAAUGAUAAUAAAAGAAAUCAUUUUACUAAUCUUGGAGAACUUCAAGGUGCUAAACAUUUUAAAAUUGUAAAAUAUGAACGAAUCAAAUUUUUAAUCGUUGCAUUAUAUGAUUCAAUUGAAGUUUAUGCAUGGGCACCAAAACCUUAUCAUAAAUUUAUGACAUUUAAAGUAUUUAAUCAAUUACCAUAUCGUCCAUUAUUAGUUGAUUUAACAAUUGAAGAAGGUUCACGUUUAAAAGUUAUUUAUGGAUCAUCAUAUGGUUUUCAUGCUAUUGAUCUUGAUACAUCAAAUCAAAUUGAUAUUUAUUUACCUUCACAAUUCAAUGAUUCAGUUGAACCACAUGCAAUUAUUGUUUUACCAAAUACAAAUGGAAUGCAACUUCUUCUUUGUUAUAAUAAUGAAGGAGUUUAUUGUGAUACAUAUGGAAAAAGAACAAAAGAUAUUUUAUUACAAUGGGGAGAAUUACCAACAUCUGUUGCUUAUAUAAGUAAUGGAAAAGUAAUGGGAUGGGGAAAUAAAGCGAUUGAAAUUCGAAAUGUAGAUUCAGCAACAUUAGAUGGAGUUUUUAUGCAUAAAAGAGCUCAAAAAUUAAAAUAUUUAUGUGAAAAAAAUGAAAAAGUCUUUUUUUCAUCAAUUCGAAAUGUAAAAGCAUUGAUCUGUGACGACGAACGACGACGAGGACGACGACGACGACGACGACGACGAAGGAAGCUAGAAAGGGACGAUAGAAUGGUUGAUAAUGAUGAAUUUAUAAAUGAUAAUUUAAUGAUAAAUUAUGAUUCAAAAAGAUUCUCAUUGGACAAUUCUUGUAAUUCUCAUCGAAAUACAUCAGAUAUUCAAUUUCAUUCAAGAUCACAAUUAAAUCAGAGACGACGGAUAACAAGACAAUCAUCGAAAGAUAAUUCAAAUGAAGAUGGUCAUGGUGGAAUAAAUCAAUUGGGAGGUUUAUUUGUAAAUGGUCGUCCAUUACCUGAUGUUGUUCGACAACAAAUAGUUGCUUUAAAUCAACAAGGAAUUCGUCCAUGUGAUAUAUCAAGACAAUUAAAAGUUUCUCAUGGAUGUGUUUCUAAAAUUCUUGGAAGAUAUCUUCAAACAGGUUCAAUACGUCCAGGUGUUAUUGGAGGAUCAAAACCGAAAGUAGCAACACCAAAAGUCAUUAAUGCAAUUACAAAUUAUAAAAAAGCUCAACCAACAAUGUUUGCUUGGGAAAUUAAAUCAAAAUUAAUUAAUGAUGGGAUUUGUGAUGAAAAAACGGCACCUUCAGUUUCAUCAAUAAAUCGAAUUGUUCGAACUAAAGCUGAAAAAUGUUGUUCAAAUAAAAUGGAAGAAGGAUCAAGUCGGGAAACAAAUGGAAGAAUAAAUGAAUGUCAUUCAUCAACGAAUUCAAGUGAUUCGAUUCAUUUAGAUCAAAAUUAUCAACAACAAUUUCAAACGACAUGGAAUCAUCAAGAGAAUAUUUAUCAAAAAGAUUCACCUGAUUCAAUAUUAAUUACAGUUGAAGAAGAAAAAGCAUCGAUUUUAGAAAAUUUUUAUCAACAAAAUCCAUUUGCAGAUUUCUCUCAAAUGGAUGAAAUACAACAAAGAACACAACUUGAUGAACAAAUUAUUCGACAUUAUUUUGAUAGUGUAAGAAAUCAUCAAUGGCCAAAUCAAUCGUCAUAUUAUUGUUCGAAUUCUCAUGAAAUCUAUUCAAUUGAAUCGAAUCCAAAUGUAAUUUGUUCAAAUUCAACACCAAUUCUUGUUGAUAGUAGAAUAUCAUUAUCACCUCAAUCAUUAAUUUCAUUUGAACAAAUGUCUAUUUUACAAAAUCAAAGAGAUGAAAGAUUAAAUAAAGAUGAAUCAACUAUUUUAAUUAAAGAUAAUAAUUUAAAUAAUAAAUCCAUGAUUUUAUUAAAUUAUCCACAAUUAUUUUCAUCAUCAACAUCUUCAAGUCCAACUGAUUUAGAUAAUUCAAGACAAGAAUCAAUUCAUUUUCAAAGACAAUCCCCACAACAACAGCAACAACAGCAGCAGCAACAACAACAACAACAGCAACAACAACAACAACAAGCAAAUACACUUUAUACAGAUUUAACACCUGUUAUAAAUUCAACUCCAUUACCAUCAUUUGAAACAUUAAAUAGAUCUGAAUGUUAUUUUUAUAAUCAACAACAAUCAUCAGAUGAUUUAUGGAGAUCGAAAUCAACAAAUAAAUCCAAUUGA